AUGGCAGAAAAAACCGGCCGGAGGAGGAGAUCUAGUAGCAUUCUUCAGGUUUACCAUGAGCCACCCGAGCCCAUUGAGCAGCUCAGCGAUCAAUCCGCCCUGCCGAAUCUGAACGCCGACUGGGUCAACGCAAAAGGCGCGUGGACCAUACAUUUUGUCUUGAUCGCGUGCCUCAAGAUUUUCUACGACAUCAUGCCCGGCGUCUCCCAGGAAACAUCCUGGACGCUUACCAACAUUACGUACAUGUUUGGCUCGUACAUCAUGUUCCACUACGUCCGCGGGGUACCGUUCGAGUUCAACGGCGGCGCCUACGACAACCUCAACAUGUGGGAGCAGAUCGACGACGGCGCCCAAUACACACCCUCCAAGAAGUUUCUCCUGAGCGUUCCCAUCGUGCUCUUCCUGCUGAGCACCCACUACACACAUUACGACCUGGCGUAUUUCACAAUCAAUUUUCUGGCGGUUCUAGCUGUCAUCAUACCCAAAUUGCCCUUUAGCCACCGCAUGCGUAUAGAGCUAUUUUCCCCUGCACCCGAAGAGUAA